CAAAAGGCUUAUAUUGGCUUCUGUGAAGAGCUUCAAAGAAAGACUAGCUAGCUAGCUUAAGGUCCCAUUUGAACACAUCUUCACUAGAAGAAUUAAUGGGGAUCUUGACUCAUGAUCAGCUGGCUUUCAUUUUUGGUCUACUAGGUACCACCAUAUCCUUCUUUGUCUUCUUGGCACCAAUGCCAACAUUUUACAAAAUAUGGAAGAAGAAAUCAUCAGAAGGGUAUCAAUCAAUACCAUAUGUGAUUGCGCUUUCAAGUGCAAUGCUUCUGCUCUACUAUGGUUUUCUCAAGACAAAUGCAUAUAUAAUUAUCAUCAUCAAUGCAAUUGGAUGUGUUAUUGAAAUCUCCUACUUGGCAUUGUAUCUCCUAUAUGCACCAAAGAAGGAGAAAAGAAAUGCAGUGAAGAUGGUUCUGCUAUUUAAUGUAGUGGGUUUUGGCAUAAUGAUAAUGCUAACAUUUGUCCUAGUAAAGGGUCCUCAAAGGGUUACCGCUGUUGGAUGGAUUUGUGCUGCUUUCAAUCUUGCUGUCUUUGCUGCUCCAUUAAGCAUCAUGAGGCAAGUGAUAAGGACCAAGAGUGUUGAGUUUAUGCCAUUCACACUUUCCUUCUUCCUCACUCUAUGUGCCACUUCUUGGUUCUUCUAUGGCUUCUUUGUCAAGGACAUGUAUAUUGCUGUGCCAAAUGUGUUGGGGUUCUUGUUUGGGAUUGCUCAGAUGAUCUUGUACAUGAUAUACAAGGAUGGGAACAAGAACGAUUAUGACAUUGAAAAACAAAAGCACCAACAUGUGUUCACAGCAGAUGAUACUAGUCAUGAUCAGAAUCCUAAGUAUGGAGAUGGCGUGGAUAAGAUUCGACAGAGGAGCAUCGACAUAGGAGAUCAUAGACGAAAAUCUGUUGAAAUGUUCGAUGGAAAUUACAGAUCGAUCAAGUCGAAUGAUCAGAACCACCAUUGAUGCACAAUAUAAUUGCUCAUCAAAGACAAGGCUCAAGAACAAAUAAGUUAUUAUAGCUCUCUCUACUUGCUUGUAUUAUUGGAUAUGAUAGUGUGGAUUGUGACUUGCUUGGCAAGUUCUAAAUAAGUUAAAUAGGGCUAUUCUGUAACAUCUUUCAAUGAGAUAUAUAUCAAAGACUGAUAACCAGACAUAUAAAAUCAUU